AUGAAACGUUUCAGAUAUGACAUAAUUGGUAUUUCCGAAGUGCGAUCGACAGGAAAAGGUGAAACACCGAAUGAAGAUUUCAUCUGGUCAGGAGAAGAAUCCUCACAUAUGAGGGGUGUGGGGUUCUUACUAAGCACACAAGCUAAAAAGGCACUAAUAGGAUAUAAUCCAACCAGCUCAAGAAUAAUUUCGGCACGAUUCGAUGCAACACCAUUUAAAAUUUCAGUAAUACACGUAUAUGCACCAACCUCUUCAUCUUCAGAAGAAGAAAUUGAAGCAUUCUAUAACGAUAUUGAGGAAGCAUUUACAAAGACAGACAAAAAGGAUAUUCUUAUUCUGACAGGAGAUUGGAACGCUAAAAUUGGUAAUGACAAUACCGAUUGGAAAUCCGUGAUGGGAAAAUAUGGGUAUGGCGAUAGAAACGAACGCGGAGAACGCCUCCUAGAAUUUGCGACAGUGCACGAUCUCUACGUAUGUAAUACAAAAUUUCAACAUAAACCAAAUCGAAAAUGGACCUGGGCAUCACCAGAUGGCAUUCAUAAGAAUAUGAUUGACUUGAUUCUCAUCCAGCGAAGAUGGAAGACCUCAGUCACCAACUGCCGAACAUUUCAGAGUGCAGACAUAAGCUCAGAUCACUCACUAGUGUUGUGCAAUAUCAACUUGAAACUUAAGAAACCGCACAACAAACCACAGAAAUGCUGCAGAGUUGAUGUGAACCGACUGAGAGAUGAGAAAAUAAAGCAAUCAUACAGCGCUGCUCUAAC